GUUGCCAAGGGAACGGCGCGUGCCAAGGCGCCUGCUCAGCCCCUGAUGCUCUGGCUGAUGCGGAGGCGGCGGUUCUCGCAACUUGUAGAGGCUGCUUUGCUCAGCACGGGAGAUCUUUCCUAUGGAGGCGUAGAGAAGAAGUCUGAGGCACACCCGCGCCACAUUUCCAUCCCAGAGACGGACACGAGCGAGUGCGUCCUUUCCUGUGUCUCGCCAAUUCUCCCGGGGCCGCCCGACUAACCUCGAACAGCAGCUGGUUUGUGAAUAUCAUAGUAUGGGAUUACUAGACAAACUUUCGGGUUUGCUUGGCCUGAAGAAGAAGGAAGUUCAUGUUUUGUGCCUUGGGCUGGAUAACAGUGGCAAAACAACAAUCAUUAACAAACUCAAACCUUCAAAUGCUCAAUCUCAAGAUAUAGUUCCAACAAUAGGAUUCAACAUAGAGAAAUUCAAAUCAUCCAGUUUGUCUUUUACGGUGUUUGAUAUGUCAGGUCAAGGAAGAUACAGAAAUCUCUGGGAACACUAUUACAAAGAGGGUCAAGCUAUUAUUUUUGUCAUUGAUAGUAGUGACAGAUUAAGAAUGGUUGUGGCCAAAGAAGAACUUGACACUCUUCUGAAUCACCCAGAUAUUAAGCACCGUAGAAUUCCAAUCUUAUUCUUUGCAAACAAAAUGGACCUUAGAGAUGCAGUAACAUCUGUAAAGGUGUCUCAGUUGCUGUGUUUAGAGAACAUCAAAGAUAAACCGUGGCAUAUUUGCGCUAGUGAUGCCAUAAAAGGAGAAGGAUUGCAAGAAGGUGUAGACUGGCUUCAAGAAAAAACAAUACAAUCAGAUCCAGGCUGUGAAGACAUGAAAAGAUAAUAUUUGGAAACCUCAGCAAUUUUAAAUUCAAGGAAUAGAUCCAAGGCAAACAAUAUUUUAAAUUUUUAAAAAGAUAUUUGUUCAUCUAAGAAUGCUUUAUAAAAUGCUGUUUAAUCUGCUUGCAUUUGUGGACUCUGAAUGAGCUUUUUAAAACACAGAACUUCAGGUAUGCUGAUCUGGCCAGUAAUUAUUUGAAAACAAAAUCUUCCCUCAAAAUGGAUCCCUAAGGCUAUCAAAUUCUUAAUAAAGGUAUACAUUUGAUUGUAGUUAGAAUGUUUAACAGUCAGAGUUAUAAGCCAUCUCAGUAUCCCAUCGUGUAAUUAUUUUAAUACAUUUAAUGUGUUUUAUUUUUUAAAUCGCCUUUUUAAAAAUUUAGUUUAUGGUAUGACUUUGCAGUACUUGUGAAAAAGAACUUUAAGGCUAGGCACGGUGGCUCAAGCCUGUAAUCCCAGCACUUUGGGAAGCUGAGGCAAGAGGAUUGCCUGAGCUC